AUGCCGGGAGCUGUAGUCCUGAUGCGCGGGGCUCGCAGCCGGCCCCCGGUUCUGUUCCGCGUGUGCACGGGCGAGUGGGGCUGUGUGCGUAGGAGGCCUCGUCCUGUAAGAGCUGAGACACCCCCGUGUUCUCUUAGGUGGAGGACAGCCGAGCGCCUGGAGCUAGAGAAGAGAAAGGGGGGAGGGAAGGAGAAAGAAGCGUCUGAACCGGCAGAUUCUCCCGGCAGCGCCGAGAGCGAGAGCUGCUGCAGUGGGGGACAGCCAAGUCUCUGGAGUUACAGAAGAGGAAGGAAGAACGAGGAAGAAGCAUCCCAACUGUGUCGUUCUCCGGGCAGCGCCAAGAGUGAGAGCUGCAAGGGCGAUGGACUGCCACGCGGCUGCUCACUUGCCUCUUCCCCCUCAGGAUGGAAAGGAGAAAAUAAAGCAAAAGGCUCGGGGAUCGAGGGGGAGGACUCCUCAUGCUGUUCCCCUGCUCCAGCGUGGCAUCCCUCUCCCAGGAGAUGGUCCUCCCUGAACUUUCUCCCACACGAGUCCUUCCUGCAGGCUGCGGCUCUUCCUGAACGGCUCCAGCGUGGGUCCCUGCUGCGCCUCACAGUCCUCUUGGCAACAAAGUACAACGGCGGCGGGGGCUUCCCUCAGAGUCCCGGCAUUCGUCUUUGGGAGCAGCCGCCCGCUCCGGCCGGCGGGAUUCCUCCACGGGCUGCAGAGGUCCAUUAUAAAAGUACAGGGGAGGAGGACCACACUUUGUCUAAAAUAGAGAAGAGGAAGGAAAGUCUAAACGAGGGCCCCCUUGGCUGGGCAUAGAUCAAUGUGCACAGUGUAAAACUUUGGUCAUUGGAAGAAUGAAUAUAUAUGGAAUUGGCGACUCGCAAAGUGACUAUAAUUUAUGUAUGAGGCUCUUUACAACGAUCCAAAUUUUAAGAAAAGUAAAAGAAUUUACUACUGGAAAAAGAAAAGGGGGGAACUGAUCUGAGAAAACACCCGAUAACCCCCGCCUUUCAGGAGAUGCUCACACUAACUCGAUAGCGCCCCCCCCCCCCCCCCCCCCCUCCCGUGGGAUGCUCCCCAGAUGGCCUCCAUCCAUCAAAGGAUGGUAACUCCUUUGCAAUGGAAUGAGAAAGAACAAGAUGGACCAUUGGUGGUCCCUAUCAAAGGGCGGUAACUCCCUUGUGAUUGAACGGAAGGAAGACAGGAUGGGCCAUCUCUGGUAUCUCUUGUCCUUGAGAUAAGAGGGGAACUGAAACCACUAAGCCAGAAAGACCAAGGAGCUGCAAAUUAGCCCAGACUUGAAGGACAAGGUGUACGUGACUACAGGACUGAGCUUGCGCAGAAGUAAGGGUCAACUAGCAAACACCGUGAAGAAGACUAUGAGCCUUCAUCUGAAGACCCCUGCCCAUGACCACCAGGGAGCACUGUGCAAACGCGACAGGAGGCAUUUGGGGUGGGGGGAUAUGUUAAUGAUUUCUCAGAACUAAUUGUAAUAUUCCCUCCCUAUCCUCAGAGUAAUGAUGCAUAUGUAUUAGAGUAGAUGAAUACGUAACAUUUCUAAGCAAUAAAAAGGAGCUGCUUUUCGCUCCAAGUGGGGAACGCAUUUGGAGGAAAUGAUUCCCCUGUGCGCCCAGCGCUGAAUAAACAUACCUACUUUAUAACCUUA